AUGGCCAAGAAAGCUGCUCCAGCUAAAAAGCCAGAAAAGGCUGUCAAAGUAUCUACUGUGAUGGAUACUAAGAAUAGGCUGAGUUCAAAAAUCAACUAUGAUAUAGAUGCUUUGGAUAAAUUAAAUGAAGAGCUUGGUUAUGCACCUGCAUUCGAAGAAGGCACAAAGUCUAAUUGCGGCAGUAGUCAUGGUGAUAUGCAACUGUCAAAUGAGAAGAGCAGUUUUGAAGGCAGCCAUGAUGAUGAUUUUGAGCAUGAAAGUAAUGGAUAUAUUGAAGAGGCUGAAGCCAGACAAGGCCAUGACGAUGAUACAUAUGUUGCAAAUGACGAAUAUAAUGGAUGCAACCACGAUGACGAAUACAAUUACAAUGAGGAAUGUGAUUUUAAUGAAUUAUGA